UGCUAAUUGUCUUUUAACUUUAGGAUUAUUAGUUGAUACUGAAGUUUUUCGACGUAUAAUUUUUGGAUUUUUUCAAAACGAUAAAUUAUAAAAAAAAAAAAUAUUUGAAAAAAUUGCACUUGUAAUUUUUUAAAUUUUCUACAUGUGCAUAUUUUUAGUUUUUUUUUUUUUUAAAUUGAAUUGUUGAAAAAGAAAAUCCGAAAAUUACCAAUUGGCUGCUAACUUCAGGAUCAUUUAGUUUUUGAAUUUUUUAAAUAUUUCAAAUUACGCGCGUUUUUUUAUUUUCUUUAUUAUUAUACUUAUUACUGUUAUUAUUAUUAGUAUUUACUGCAAGUGCGCGAGUCUAACCUAGAGUAUAAAAUUUUAAUAAAAUUACAAUGAACUGUCAAAAUAGUGAAGAAAAAAUGAGCUCUGAUUUAUCAGCUGUCGUGGGAGCUCUUCUGGAUGCGCUGAAUGACAAAAGUGAUCAGGUAGCAGCCUGCAUCAAUGAUUCCAUAAGACAAAUUUCUGAUCGUCAUCCAGGAGUCGUUUUACACGCGGCUAUUUAUUACUUUGAGUUGCAUAAAAAAAUAACUUCAAGUCAUACUUCUGCUAUCUUACGUAUUAUAGCUGAUACAUUAAAUAAUAAUACUAAUACUAAUAAUAAUAAUAAUAAUAAUAAUGAAAAUGAGAACGGAGAUGAACAGGGAGAGCAAGUAGAGCCGAAAAUGAAGGACUUAGCAGACGCGGUAGCAGAAUUGGCGGUAAAUAAAUUGCUUAUUGAAGAAUUUGAAACAGAAGCUACCGAGUUGCUGAUGGCACUGAGUCAUAAUUAUUGCAAUCAAGCGAUAGGUAACAUUCUAAACAAAUUUGAAUUCGGAGUCGUGCCCAAGGCGGCGAUGAUUCGAGCACUGGGACUAAUCGCUGCCUGUAAUCCCUUUGACGUGGUCCCAUUUAUUAAACUAACAUUCACAUUCGUGCUGCCCAUGUUCCAUCAUGCGCACGAAGAGCAUCAAAAACUGGCGCUUUGCUUCGUCGUGGGUAAAUUUGCCGAAGCGAUAAACGAUUAUCUGGGCAACUUGGACAAUUCGACGGAGUCGAGGAUAAGCCGGGACAGUUUUUCAGAGGAAGCUGCUGGGGUAUUUGAAUUUUUAAUAACCAGCGGAUGGUUGAAAUCGAGCCCGUCAACCAAAAACCGGCUUGCAGACGCAGUUCUCAAAGCGCUUUGUCCAAUUCUUUUAUUACUGCCCGCUAAUGGACAGAUGCGAUUCAAUGAAACGAUUAUAAAAUCGAUCCCGUCUAUUUUGAACUUCUGCAAAUAUUCGACAACUCGUUUCGCUGCGACGAAAUUAAUAGCCACGGUAUUGAUUGACAACGCGCGUAAUCACAGCGAUGAUACUCAGAGCAAAGAACUACUGCGCCCGCAUAUUGAAUCUAUUCAGCAAAUUUUAUUUGAACUGGUCAACGUCACACCUGCUUAUGAAUCGCGAUCUAAUGUAUCACGCGACGCGCUGCUUACGCACUACGAAGUCCUCCAGUGCUACCGGGCAAUAAUUACUCUCUAUCCUGAAGAAGGGUUGGAUUUAGUUCUUCAUAACUUACGAUCCCCAGCCCCAAACUCACAGCGCGCGCGUGCUCUGGUGGUCGUACGUCAUCUCAUAAAUACUUUGCCAACCGAAGACGACGCAUCGCUUCAAAGAAUAGCCCUUAGUAUCCAAAAUAUCCUGGGAGAAAGUACCGGUGGUGCUGGAAGCAGCACUAGCGCUACAGUACGUCAAUUAGCGGGACCAAUAAUCGCAUUGUUAGCACAUCCGACGUUACCUCUACUGCCGUCCCAACGUGCUAAUUUGAUACGUUUCAUAAUAAUACGCUGCGGCGAUGACACUGAGACUCAAACUUACGAGGAGGCUUUAUUUUUAUUAGCAAACACAGUCGCUGGAGCUGAAAACUGGCUAUGGGCUGCUUUACUCAAAGCACUAUUAGACCCCACGUAUUCAUUGGCAGCGGUCUCUAUUUUACGAGGACUAGCAGCCCUCGUUGUAAAAGUCGUCCAUCAGACGGACAACGAAGGCGGCAAUUCAUUCAAAGAAUUUUCCGGAUCUAAAGUAAUAAAGCGGUGCCUUGAAUUACUGGAGGUUGAGAAAAAUCGUCUGGCUGUCGUGGGAUUUCUCAAAGCAGCAGCUCCAUUAUUUGGCCACCAGUUGAAGCCCGAGUGGGAUAUUACACUCGCUAGGGUAUCAGCGAUGCUUGAAGACCAGAACAAUCACUUGUGGAAACAACAAAUGAUUGAAUUGCUGGAGAUGAGCCGUCAACUGGAAGGCGUUGACUGGGCAGGGAAGCUGUCCAAUGAAUUAGUCCAGGGGGAAAUAAUAAAUACCAGCAUCUUAAUUUAUCUGGCAGCGGUAACUGACAACCCAACUCAUCUGUCAGUUAUCGUAAGCAUGGCACGGACGCAUCCGUUCAAUGAAGAAUGUCCUCGCGCUGCUGGUAUCGCUGCUAAACGAAACCUUUCCACGGUGAUGAAUCUGAUGCAGGAAGCUUGUGACACAAUUGACAGCUGCAAGAAUCCUACAAAACUAUUGGGAUUGAUGAGAGACACGCGAGCAGCAGCUGGUGUCGAGGCAUCAAAAGCCAGUUUACUUCGUUGCUACGGCGAAAUAUUCGCAGUCCAUGAGCAAAAUAACUCCGAGCACGUUUACAAAUCCUAUUUAGCUGAUGGUAAACAUAUUUUGCCCUGGAUAAUAAAGCAGUUGACUGAUUGCAAAGAGGUAACCAGUAAAGAAGCUGGACUAUUCGCACUAGAACAACUGGCCAAAGUGGUCGCCGGAUCAAAAUCUAAUCAAUUAGUCGAUGGUCUAUCCAAUUCGACUGCUGUUACGCCCAGUUUGAAGUCCAAAGGAACUUGUCUGGCCACCCUGCUGACGCUCUUACAAUCGCACACGGGUUACCGACCUAUUCAACUCUACCCGCAGUUACUUAAAACCAUGAUCGCGUUACUAAAAGUCCCUCCGGAGCUGAGUUACGAUGAGCAGCAAGUGCUGAUGGGGACUGUGCUGGACAAAGUUAUCGGUGCCAGUUCGGAAGUUGAUUUGAUUUUGAAAAAAGAAACUAAAAGUCACGUCAUUCAGCGGCUUGGAGCUGUCAGCAGUGAACUUGUUGCUGAUUCAUCAAAUGCCUUAGCAGAGUUUGUUGAAAUAAUAAUGCCGUGGAUGCAGUCCAAGUUGCCGGUCGAGCGUAAGACGACUUUGCUGGUGCUGAGGACAACUUUGAAAUCGUACUGCAAUGGGCUCAAGUACACGUAUCCCGGUGGUAAAUUAGAGGCCGGCAAGUUAGUGGGAAGAAUAAUGUGCUGGUCAGCUGAUGCUGAACGUCUUCUACGUCCGGUUAUUAUUGACUGUCUUGCUCUGACACUUGAAAUAGCAGCGAGACAUCACAGCAGUGGAAAUUUACCGAUUGCUGAUAACAUUAUCAAUGUCAAUGACCUGGAGGAAUCGAAAUUACGGUUGAUAAGCGACGAGAACAAAACGUCUGAUGACAUUUAUGAGGGAAUUUUGAUGCUUGCGAAAAUCGUGUGCCAGCGAGUCAAUGCCGGAGAAGUUGUUGCGAUGGCUGAGGGCUUGAUCGAAGGACUUUUAUUGCGUGAAGAGAGCGCGCUUUCUGCUGGAAUAUCACUCAGUCAAUUGUUCCGCAUUCGCGGCAAUGAAAUACCGCGUUCUGAUUUGUAUUUAAUUGACAAUAUCAUUACGCAGAUGCGUCAAAUGGAGAAUACUAGCUGCCGACAUGCUGCUGCGACAGCCAUUAAGUCUCUGACACAUCAUCAUCCGGAAGAAGUAAUUGAGCAUUUGCUCCAUCAGCCGCUGCCACCAGAUCGCGGGACUGAAGAAAGCUGGCGAGAGCUGGGCAGCGAUGAAGAAACGGGACUGAUUGCCGUUGACUUUCUAGUUAAUCGUCUAGAAAACAACAAUUUGUUUGCUGAGUCACCAUCGCCUACCAACACGUCAACGCUAACCAACCACCCGAAUGUCGAUGGCAAUAAAACAGCAUCACUGGCAUCGCUGGCAGCGAUAAUCGCUUUAGGACACGUCCUACAGUCAGCCAAAUCAGAAGUCAUAAUAAUAUCACGUCUUGCUGAAUUGUUAACUUGCUUGAUAAAAUAUUUAUCAGGGUGGCUGCAUGCUGAUACACCAGCGUCAGUACUUAGCACCAAAUUCGGCUUUGUCCCAAAUCGCAAAGCUUGCAAGUUGAAUCCGUACUGUCAAGUCUACACGGUUUUGAUAAAUUUGCUUACGGUCAUUGAUAUGAACAUUGCGUCGGGUCUGCUCAAUGACAACCCACGAUUUGAAUCCGACACACAAGCAAGUGAUAGUCUCAUAUCAACUGUACGUUCAGUGUUGCGUUGCUUGGUGAGCAACAAAAAAUUGUCUGGGUCAAAGGACGACGAGUUGCUGAUCAACGUCGCCCAGUCAAUUGGCAAAUUGGUUACAAGUCAAAUUCCUACGCAGAGAGCCGUAGCGAUUGCAUUUUACGGGGAACUGAUUGGUAAAGUUGACGCAGAUCCUAUUUGGUUGGAUUCGAUAAUUUCGACGCUGCUGGAAGCAAAAGCCGACUCGUCAUUCCUCGUUCGCAAACUGGCAGUUCAGGGUCUUGCUAAUAUCAGCAAACUUGAAUCACAUCAGCAGCUGAAUGAGUACUACGACAACAGCAUAGCGGCUUUGCUUGAUGGACUUGAAGAAUUGCCGACCAAUGGUGGCCUAGUGGCCGGCGGCGGAAGCCAAGUGAUUCUCGAGUCCCUUCGUGGUCUAGAAGUCUUGCUGCCCUUGCAGACAACCGGGCGGUCAGUCAGCCCACGUGUUAUCUUGGCACUGAAACCGUUCGUUGACAAACAGGACAACUGGGAAAUGAGACUGGCAGCUGUCGGUGGACUGGGCGCCGUUUCUCGGGGAUGGUUGAAGUCUCUGAAGACUUAUGACAAUGACGACAUCACUGACCAUCUGCUAGGCUGCCUGCCUUGUUUGACGAUCCGCCUUGAAGACGUCAAUAGUCUCGUUGCUAAAACAGCUCGCGAGACUCUUGUCAGCUUUGGAAAUUUACUCCAGUCUUCAUCACUGGCUCAAGUGAUACGCAGUCACCUUUCAGCCUCAGUGGAACUGAAUCUUAAUAAUUAUUACCGUGAGUUGGUCAAGUGUCUGCUUGCUGAUUUACCAGACAGAGCCGACGAACUGAGGAACUCAAUGGUCCGCGGGUACUCGAGGUCAGAAGUGGCGGCUACGCGAGCUACCGCGAUACUGAUUCUGGGUUUCUUUGGGCAACCGCGACCCGAAGAUGUCCAACGAAUGCUACAGUUACUUCGUGAUAAGGACAAUGAUGUUAAGUCACGAGCAGCAAGUGCUCUAGCUGUAGGUUUUACAACUUAAAAAAUAUUUAUUUAUUCAGAAUUUAAAAUUUAUAAUUCCAUUGUUACUAAAUAUUUAUAAAAUAAAAUUUGUACAUAAUACAUUAUAA